AUGGCGGCUACUUUUCGCGCACUUCUCUUACUGCUGGCAUGGGCCAAGGGGAGGUGUAGGUUCCAUCAGUCUGUGUCGAGGGCGAACACUGGAAAUGACUGGUUGCUAGCUAUUCCGAAGAUCCCUAUGCCGACUUGGAGAAACAUUAUCCGACCGACUCUAUUCCUCCUGAAGAAAUCAAAUCGCCACAUGAGAACCAUGCUAAGCAUUGGCGGAUGGACGCUGUCCACCAACUUUCCCAUCGCGGCGAGCACGGAGGCGGGCAGGUUGACAUUCGCCCAGUCCUCCGUGGCCCUAAUGAAGGAUUGGGGAUUCGACGGCAUUGACAUCGAUUGGGAAUACCCACGGAACGAGAGAGAGGCGGAAGACUUCGCUCUCCUGUUGACUGCAGUGCGUAACGAGCUCAAUGUAUAUAAGUCGACGUACUCCCCCGACUACGACUUUCUCUUGACGAUCGCGUCGCCCGCUGGGCAGACUCAUUAUGAGAAGCUCGAUCUUAAAAGGAUUUCGGGCAUUGUCGAUACCUUUUAUCUGAUGGCCUAUGAUUAUUCUGGCGCAUGGGACUCCUAUUCCGCUCAUCAGGCAAACCUCUACCCAAAUGCGGUAAAUGACACGGCGACUCCCUUCUCUACAGAUGCUGCCAUCACGGCCUACCUCAAAGCCGGAGUCCCCGCUUCUCAGAUAGCCCUCGGCAUGCCGCUGUAUGGCCGUGCUUUUCAGAACACGGACGGGCUAGGGAAGCCAUUCUCAGGAAUAGGUGGGGGUUCGUGGGAAAACGGCGUAUGGGAUUACAAGGUCCUCCCUCAUCCUGGCGCUACCAUCUCCAAUGAUGACGUAGCCCAGGCUUCUUUUAGUUACGAUCAUCAAAGCAGAACAUUCAUUUCAUUCGACACGCCGAGAUCGUUAAGGACGAAGGUUUCUUACAUCAAAAAGAAAGGGCUCUCGGGGUCCAUGUUCUGGGAGGUCAGUGGCGAUAGAACGGAUGAGGAUAGCCUGGUCGCAACGAGCUUCGAGCUUUUAGGAUCUCUUGAUGCAAGACAGGGCCUAAAUCAGCUUUGUUAUCCCGACAGCCGAUAUGAAAACAUCAGGGCGGGGAUGGAAUAA